ACGUAGUCGCGGGCCUAGGAGGCCGCGCGUUCGGGAAAGUCAUCUUUCGGCCGGAUAACAGUGCCGGCGAGCAGUUAACCGUUCGGCUUGCGUUGUACGAUCGGCGCACUCCCGCUCGUCAUUUGUCCUUUCUCGCUCGGCCGAUUGGUCGUCGUUGGAUCGCAGCCGUUAUUAUGACAUCUUUUGUUGGCCGCGGCUGUAAUUAACGGCAUCGGCCAACGGCACCCCGACGACGGCCGGCGCGGAUCGCUCUUAUCCGCGUGCGACAUCGCCCUGUGUACGCGAGUCCGUGCGACGCAGCCGCGCAUGCCUCGGAUCGGUAUAAUGACUCAAUCAUUCCCGAACGAGCGAGCCAAUUAAUCAGAGCGUGCCCAGACGUCUAGGCAAUUGAUUGUAUUCCGAAUGGGACGUGCGCCGAGGGAAGAGUACCGAUCGGUAAUUAGCGUCAGCGGUAUCGCGGAGCGAUCGAUCGGGCAGACGCGUAUUUUUCGCGAGCUCGAGGCUGCGGAGAGCGCAGCAGGCGAGCGAGCGAGCGAGGAAGGAAGGAAGGAGGAAGGAUGGCCGGGCGCAGCUCCGCGAAGAUUCAGCGGUAAAAAGCGUAACGCACGAGUGCAGCGGCGAGAGGAGCAGGCAGCGUCGAGCGCGGAGUCGCGCAGGUCCACGACACUUGUGCAAAAGAAGCGAAAAAAGGCGCGCAGCGCUGGGCCCUCGAGCACCUACGAACUCCCACUCCCGCUCGCGCGCCCGCGCGCCCGCGCGCUCUCUCGCCCCGUCGUCCUUUUGCAUGCAGUCGCGCGGCUCCGGCGCUGCCGGGCCGAACCGCGCCGCGCGCUCCAUUGUUAUCACUCGCUAUUCGUCAGCGUUGGCGUGGCCAGGGACAAAGCUGCGCGCUGGGAGCGCGGGGACCGGACCGCGGAGAGCGCGGCGAGCAGCGGCGCGUGCGCAGGAUAAGGGACCGCAAGCGCGCGCGGCGAGAAGCCGGAGGAGCGCGGAGCGGCGCGCGGCCGGCGGCCGGCGGCCGGCGGGCGGCGGGCGGGCGGCGGGGAAGGGAGCGCGCGUCGCCGCGGCGGGCGGAGGCGGGCGCAGGCGGGCGGGAGCCGAGCGGCUCAGUCGGCGCGCGACCCUCCCGGAGAACGUGGCGCUGCCGAGAUGCCGGCGUGGGCUGCCUGCGGCGACCACCGUCCUCGUCCCUGCGCCAGCUGAACGCCCGCGAGCCGACCGGCGCGCGGACUACUAUGCGAGAGGCUGCCGGCGCGGGCCCGAGUCAGCGCGCGAGAGCGACCCAGCGAUGAGGCUCAGCCCGAUCAUCCUGUCGGCGGCGGUGUGCGCGUCCUCGGGCCAGCAGCUGCACCAGCAGCCGCAGCAGGCCCCGCGGCCGCGCUGCGCCGAGCAGGCGCCCGGCCAGCGCCAGCUCCGGGCCGAGCUGUCCACCGAGUACUUCCUGCAGGUGUCGCCGGCCGACCGGCGCCGCAGCCAGGUAGCCAGCGUGGUCAGCGUGCCGGCCGCGGGCGACGCGUCGGCGCCGCGGGCGGCGGCGCCGGCGCCCCGGCCGCAGCCGCUGCUCAGGCCCCAGCCCUGGGCCCUGCCGCUGCUGGCGCUCAGCGCCGCGGCGAUGCUGCUCAUGGCCGCCUUCGAGGUCUUCGUGCUGCUCAAGGCGCGCGCGGCGGCGCCCAGCAGGCGCCACCUGUUCCUGGGCCAGGCGCUGCUGCUGGGCCUGUUCCUGCUGGCCGGACUGUCGGCGGCCGCCUCGCUCAGCGCCAACCCCGUCUCGUGCGCGGCCUUCCGGCUGGUCGGCCUGCCGGCGGCGCUCGUCUUCGCCGCCCUGCUGGUCAAGUGCGUGUUCCUGCUGUCGCUGAACAGCGGCGUGUACCUGCCGGCGCCCUACCAGGCGCUGGUGCUGGGCUUCGCGGUGCUGGUGCAGGUGGCGAUCGUCGGCCAGUGGCUGUACGGCGAGCUCGGCUCGGCGACGACGGCGGCGGCGGCGGCGCCCGGCGUCCGGGCCAGCGGCGCCUGCCAUACGCCCCUCGGACAGAGUCUGGCGGCCCUCGGGUACCCGGCGCUGCUGCUGCUGGCGGCGGCGGGCCUGGCGGUGCGCGCGCGCGGCGUGCGCGACAACUUCCGCGAGGCCUGGUUCAUCGGGCUGGCCGUGGGCCUGGCGCUGCCCGUCUGGCUGGGCGGCGCGCUCGGCGCGCUGCUCGCGCCCGAGGCGGCGCGCGAGGCCUGGCUGGGCUUCGGCCUGCUGAGCAGCGCCAUCCUCGUGUUCCUGGCCAUGUUCCUGCCCAAGGGCCGCCAGCUGGCCGCGCUGGGCCGCGAGGCGGCGCCGGCCGGCGGCGCGCACCUGCCCCUGGCGCUGGCGGGCGGCCCCGCGCGGCCGCGGCCGCGCCCCCCGCGCCGCCCGACCGCGCGCGACGACUGCGAGGACCGGCCGAGCGACUACUCGCCGUCCUUCUUCCACUUCAAGCCGGCGCCCGCCGAGUCGACGCUCAAGCGCAAGCCGGCCCCGGCGCAGCAUUACCACAGCGCGGACCGCGUGGCCCUGGUCUCGUCCUGCAGCGCCUGCCGGCACCGGCCCGCCAGCCCCGUCUACUCCGACGCCACCUCGGCCUCCAACUUCGACCAGAUGCCAUAUAUUCACGGACCGAUGGAGACGUUCGUGCUGCCGCCAGGGAUGUAUUUGAGGCCAGAGGACACGGGCAACUUGUACACCACGCUGUCCGCCAAUCCCAACGUCUUCUUCCAGAGAGCUCACCCGGGAAUGAUGUACUAGCGUCGUACGCCUGUCAGCGUCGAAUGCCCAUUGUUCGUCCUACUGUACAUACACGCAACCAUUCUCCCACCAGUAAAUCUGUAAAUCUACUUUUUAUAAGCGACGCCUACACGCGCGCAGCGAGCAUCUACGCAAGCAAUAAAGGCAAUAACAUUUAUGGACCACUGCGUUCCUUCAUUGCAACCCGACUCGAGGCUCGAGCAAACUGGUUUUUCGCGGCC